AUGGGCCAUAUAGCCCAUAAAUCACUCAAGCACCUCGUUGAUUCAAAUCUAGCUGAAGGAAUUGUCCUGGAUAGUUCCGAGGCCAUAUCUUUCUGUGAGACAUGUGUACAAGCAAAGGCCAUCAGGAAACCUUUCCCAAAAACUAGCCACACUCGAGCUAAACAUUAUGCGGAAAGAAUCCAUUCGGAUCUCUGGGGUCCGGCUAUUGUUCAAGACUUGAAAGGAAAACGAUACAUGUUAACUUUCACAGACGACUUUAGCUGA